CUUUGCUGUCCCCGUGAGCACGUCACCAUGUCUGAGGCACCCCGGGCCGAGACUUUCGUCUUCCUGGAUCUGGAAGCCACUGGGCUCCCCAGUAUAGAUCCCGAGGUGGCUGAGAUAUCCCUGUUUGCGGUGCACCGCUCCUCCCUGGAGAACCCAGAUCGAGACGAGUCUGGUGCCCCUGUGCUGCCCCGGGUCCUGGACAAGCUCACGCUGUGCAUGAGUCCAGAGCGCCCUUUCACCGCCAAGGCCAGUGAGAUCACCGGCCUGAGCAGCGACAGCCUGGCGCGGUGCCGGAAGGCCGGCUUCGACGACGCCGUGGUGCGGACGCUGCAGGCCUUCUUGAGCCGCCAGGAGGGCCCCGUCUGCCUUGUGGCCCACAACGGCUUUGAUUAUGACUUCCCCCUGCUGUGCACAGAACUGCGGCGCCUGGGCGCCCACCUGCCCCCGGACACCGUCUGCCUGGAUACACUGCCUGCGCUGCGGAGCCUGGACCGUGCCCACAGCCAUGGCACCCGGGCCCAGGGCUGCAAGGGUUACAGCCUGGGCGGCCUCUUCCGCCGCUACUUCCAGGCAGAGCCAAGUGCAGCCCACUCAGCCGAGGGUGAUGUCCACACCCUGCUCAUGGUCUUCCUGCACCGCGCUACUGAGCUGCUUGGCUGGGCUGAUGAGCAGGCCCGAAGCUGGGCCCGCAUCGAGCCCAUGUAUGUGCCAUCCGAUGGCCCGAGCCUUGAAGUCUGA